AUGGGCGUUUACGGCGGAUCGUCGAUCGAGAUCAAAUUGGUGGACGUCGAGAAGGUCGAAUGGUUAAACCGACGAUCAUACAGCGCAAUUGGCUUGCUUCUCGGUUCGCGAGAAGGUCGCGUGUUAUUGCGCUGCGAUCAAGGCCUGGAAGAUUGGUUCGAGCUGCUGGAGGAAUGCACCCUGAGCAGCAAGGAACGUCGUCGUGCCCUUCGGUUGACACAAGGACCCCGAUCGCGUGCCUCUUUGGCUGCACCGGUUUCGCAUGCCUCACUGCAAAGCAACCAUCUUGGCCUCGGAGGAACCUACUCGGGAGCUAUCGAGGAUUGGCUGUUGUCCCGUCACCAUAAAACCUCGAACAAUCUGAACCACUUGCACUUCCUGCACUCGGAUUCGGUACCGGACCUGAGCGCAAUUAAUGAAAACGGUCUGGCAAAUGGAAUGCUGACGAACCAUUCCACUCCGAAGAAGGUUCCAAAUGCAAGACAUAACCAUUUGGGUAACGCUAGUAACGGAUACAGCAGUCACAGCGGAAGCAUCUACAAUGGAUUUCCGUACUCGCCACUCAAGAAGCUGUCCGAUAAUUUCAUCAACGGAAACAGUACCUACAUCAUUAACGACGAGGAUGAAGAGGUUGAACUGCGUCGCGGCGGGCGCUACAGGGAUAAUGAUGACCUGUACCGACGCCCGCUGGGACCGACUGGAAACGAUACCAAGAGACAUUCGCUGCUUACUGAAGUGGAUUAUUCCGCUUGUGAUAGUGGCCUCGAUACGCCACCCUCCACCCACCGUCCAUCUAGUUGCCGGGACAAUAUGUACCUCGUGGCGGCUUACAAUCAACACAACCAAAGCUUGAAUAAGGACAAAACUACGGACACUGGAAUCAGCUCCUCGCGAGGCACUCUAGUCUCACCAGCGAACAGCAUUCGUCAUGGUUACCUAAAUAAUAACAACAACACAAAUAGUUACGGAUCAAGAUACAGCGUGCAGGAGCAGAAGAUUCUACGUGCUCGUAACAAUCCAGAGGAGAACAAGAACUCAAUCCGUUCUAUCCGCGCUGAAUUGUUUGAACAAAGCAAACACAAUAACAAUAACAAUAAUCACAUCACCAAUGGACACCACGCUCACCUACAGCAGGGAAGUAUUGGCAGCAACGGGAACAUCCAUCAACUGCACCAUCAAUUGCUACUUCAACAACAACAACAACACCAGCAGCAACAACAACAUCACAUAAACGGGCUAAACAAUAACAACAACAACAGCGGACAUCACUACAACGGAAACAGUAUUAGUAGCAUCAAUGGCAAUGGUACGGCUGCAUCACGUGAGCGUUACCAGCAUCCGGCAUUGGCUGCCAUCAUCAGCGAGUCUCAGGGAAUGAAGCUUAGAGAUCGUUCCUAUUCCGACUGCCAGCAGCAAGUACCACGCCGGCAAUGGAUCACCAACACGCCUAGCCCAAAGCGCAUCCCCUACCUGGGAACGCCACCGACUCGUGUCUGAGCAGUCUGAGGUUCGAAUCAUGGUGACCGUAGAAGUAUAAAAGUUUACUGCUGAUUUUUGUUCUUAUCAAAACAUAAAAAACACCGAAUUUCAACUAGUAGGACAAAUAGAUUCUAACGACACAUACGACGAACUGUGUUUUCUCUUUAAUGUAUAACAUUUUGUAGCAUGACUAGUGUGAAAUUAAGAGUUAAGCUAUAUAGUUCCAGUAGCUUCGAUUAGGCCAUCAGUUUGAGCCUAAAUUAUUUCGUAACUCGUAGCCUUGAUAGUCGUAUCGUAUUUUAGCUGUGGAUUGCUUUGUACAACUCUAGACCGAUUGAACAAUAAAAUUGUAGCCAUUUAGCGGACUAUUGGACGAAUGAACAUCUUGCUGCCAGUAGAAACAUAGCAAUACACAUAUCAACGAGUCACCCAAAAUAAUAAAUUUUAUGAGUCACAGAUUUUCUCAAUAAUCUCAAAUCGAAACUGUAUACCGCAAUAGGAAGAAUCAUCUAUAAAUUGCAGGGGUUCCAAAAAUGAUUUUUCGUUUAAACUAGCUUACUUUCAUGGUGACGUUACACGAACAUUUAAAAAAAUACUAAGUAGGUUUCAACUCAAAAUUAACUCGAAAUUUACAAAUCUCCGUAAUUUAAAAAAAUUGAUGAAUUUCAGAUUGUUUACAAAAUCUUCGUUACGUUUAGAUUGAUUUAAUUAAAUGCCUAAAUUGUGUAUAUAAAUAAAAUAUGGAUAAUAAAUUACUGAAAUCGGUGAAUAAACAUUCAAGCAGACGGGACGGCAACUGGUGGCGAACGCAAAUGCAGCGCAAUGACAUCUCUGCUUAAAAUUAGAUUUACCGGAUUGCGAGAAAUUGAUUAUUUUCCCUAACCGCUGUAGAACAAAUUGUAUUAGAAAAUAAAAUGA